CCUAUCACCCACAAUCUUCGCAACAAUUUCACCUCUCAACAAAAUAUUGAAUAAAAUGUCUGAAACUCUUUAAUUCCAUUGUUGAUGUUCUUGCGAGAAUCAAAUUGGGAAAAUUGAUGUUCCUGAUGUAGAAUUAACAAUUUUAGCUCUUUAAAUUUGGGUGGCUCCAUCAUCAAUUCGACUUCCUUGCAUUGUCUCCUUAAAUACGUCUGCUAUCCAAUUUGGAAAUGACCUGAUGUCUGUUUGAGCAUAAAGUUAUAGAAGAUUUUCAUGAGUAUAGAAUGGGGACGUGACGGCUCACAAUGAGAAUAAUUUACCGUGUAGGUCCAUCCAUGGUGAUUACUGAUCCAUUAUUAGUCCAUCACCAACCGACCUCAUAUAUUGGCAUGUUGCCACUAUAUAAAGGGGAAGGCACCAAUAAAUUAAACAAGCAAGAACAAUAUAACGAUGGAAAUUCCCAGACCACAUAAAACUUUACACCAUAUAAUGCAGCAAGAAGAAGGAUUAGCCAUUGCUGGUGAUUCAACAAUUUUGAAGUCGUCAUCAUCAGUAGAUUGUUUUCCUAUCUCCAUAAUUAAUUAUGAGAGUAGUAGUAGGAGUAUUAAGGUUAAUCCUUUAGAAGGCGACAAACUUGAAUUUGAUGAUACUAUUAAUAGUAGUAGUAUUAGGUUUCCUAAUAAUGUAAUAUUCGGAUCCGGAAGAAAGGAAGAAGAAGAUGAUGAUGGAGGAGGAGAGUGUAAUAAAAAUCCAGCAGCAGAAGCAUGGCUUCCCAUUACACAAUCAAGAAAGGGAAACUUGUAUUACUGCAUUUUCCAUUUGCUGUCUUCUGGACUUGGAAUUCAGGCUCUUGUUCUACCUCUGGCUUUUACCACUCUUGGCUGGGCUUGGGGAAUGACAUGGUUGACAAUGGCAUUUAUAUGGCAACUCUACACUAUUUGGCUUCUUACCCAACUCCAUGAAACUUCCUCUGGCUAUCGCUACAGCCGGUACCUCCAAUUAGCAAUGGCAGCAUUCGGUCCUAAGCUGGGGAAAUUGCUAGCUCUACUUCCAGUAAUGUACCUGUCAGGAGGAACUUGUGUAACACUUCUUAUAACUGGUGGUGGCAAAAUGCAACAUCUUUACCAUAUACUAUGUCCAGAAGGCCACAUUUGUCAUACAAACUCACUAACAACAAUAGAAUGGUAUUUGGUUUUCAUAUGUAUGGCCAUUGUUAUAGCCCAGCUCCCUAACUUGAAUUCAGUGGCUUUGGUGUCACUAGUAAGCGCGAUUACUGCCAUAGUUUACUGCACUCUUAUCUGGGUCAUGACUAUCAGCAAUGGUAGACCUUCUGCCACAAAAUACACCAUUUCUGUAAGAGGGGAAGAAUCUGAGAUGAAAUCAUUUAUAGAUGUUCUCUCUGCAGUUGGGAUUGUUGCCUUUUCUUUCAGAGGUCAUAAUCUUGUGCUUGAGAUACAGGGAACACUUCCACAGAGCCUAAAAGAACCAACCUACAAAAUAAUGUGGAAGGGAGUAAAAAUCUCGAAUGCAAUUAUAGCUAUGUGUCUUUUUCCCCUAGCAAUUGGUGGUUAUUGGACUUAUGGGACCUUGAUGCCAGAUGGAGGGAUGUUGAAUACAUUAUAUGGGAACCGCAGCUCAAAGUUGAAGCUAGCCAUAAUAUACUUAUUCCUAAUCAUAAACAGCUUGUGUUCAUUUCAAAUUUACGCAAUGCCAGUUUUUGACAACUUUGAGUUACGGUACGUGAGCAUAAGGAAAAAGCCCUGCAUCUGGUGGCAUAGAGCAGGAAUUAGAAUAUUUUUUGGAGGGUUGGUUUUCUUCAUAGCAGUUGCAGUCCCAUUCCUGCCUCUCCUAGCGCCUUUAAUCGGAGGGAUUGCUUUGCCAGUUACCUUUGCUUACCCUUGUUUCAUGUGGAUCUCUAUCAAGAAACCAACUAAAUUUCGUAAAAUGUGGCUUCUCAACUUAGUUCUUGGUAGCUUAGGCAUCUUAUUAAGUGUUUUACUAAUAAUCGCCGCUAUAUACAAUCUUGUAACCAAGGGCCUUUCUGCCAAUUUUUUCCAUCCUAAACCAUCAGUCUAACAAAUCUUGUAACAGAAA